GCCGAGGGAUUACCACUGAUAUCUGGUGUCACGUCGGAUGGUGCACCGUUAUUUCAAGGGAUUCUAAACUGCCCAGAGUCGAGGCAAACAACAACCAUCAUCACUACAACUACUACUACAUAUAGAAUGGUAGAGGUGAGCGACAGCGACUCCAUGUCUGACGAUUUUGAAUUGGUGGACAGCAGUUCUCUAACAGUGGAUGUACCACUGGUAACAUCGCGUACACCAUCUCCAUCUCAAUACAUGAUUGUUGGAAAGACAGAAUCAGCGGCUCCUCUUUCACCAGUUCUGCGAUCGACGGUGAACAUUGAUCUCGAACUCCCUCCGAGUCGGAUUGAGCGAGCCAAAGAGCUGGACGAGAAGCCCAUCAUGGAAGAAGUGUCUGUGUACCAUUCCGGCGUCUCAUCAGAUCAUGAGGGGACUCAAUCCACAGCCGAGAUAGAAAAGGUGGAGUCGCCGGAAAUAUAUACUCAAGAAGAUGUCACAUCAACAAGCGAUAAAGACUAUGGCAUCAACAUCCGUAGCAGUAGCGACCUCAAAACAAUUAGCACAUCUUCAGAUGAUGAAGAUUUUUUUAAUUGGAACAGAGAUGGUUCUUAUAGUGAGCAAUCACCUGAAUCCCUUGAAAAAGCUACCGUAACCACGAAGGAUGCCCCGCUCAAGGAAGCAUAUUACAGUUACCCUUCAACUUCUGCAUACAAUGGUCCACUAGAGAGCACGUCGCGAACUGAAGACAUCUAUGGUGAACCACUCACGCACCACGUUAGUGUGUACCAUAGUGGACGUUCUGACGAGCCUGCACCAAAACCCGAAGAGGAACACGUUGACAUUGCAGAUGCAGCGAAGGCAUUUGGUGAGAAGGUGACCGGACUGUUCAGGAGAGGCCCAGCCCAUCUCGACUAUCCAGUCUCCGAGACAUACGAAGGACCACUGGAUAGCACUCCGCGAACUGAUGACAUCUAUGGUGAACCACUCACGCACCACGUUAGUGUGUACCACAGUGGACGUUCUGACGAGCCAGCACCAAAACCCGAAGAAGAACACGUCGACAUUGCAGAUGCAGCCAAAGCAUUCGGAGAGAAGAUCACUGGUCUGUUCAAGAGAAGACCAACUAUUCCAGAUUAUCCAACAUCAGAACCCUAUGUCGGUCCAUUAGUGGACACGUCACGACGUGAAGACAUCGAGUCACAACCAUUGAGGACAGUGGUGACGGUAUACCACAGCGGACGAUCUGAUGUUCCUCUUGAGAAAGCAGCGGUGAUUACUGAAGAAGUUCCACCAGCAGGUACAAUGUACUACGACUAUCCCACUACUGCAGCUUACGAAGGCCCACUUGACAGCACUCCGCGAACUGAUGACAUCUAUGGUGAACCACUCACGCACCACGUUAGUGUGUACCACAGUGGACGUUCUGACGAGCCAGCACCAAAACCCGAAGAAGAACACGUCGACAUUGCAGAUGCAGCCAAAGCAUUCGGAGAGAAGAUCACUGGUCUGUUCAAGAGAAGACCAACUAUUCCAGAUUAUCCAACAUCAGAACCCUAUGUCGGUCCAUUAGUGGACACGUCACGACGUGAAGACAUCGAGUCACAACCAUUGAGGACAGUGGUGACGGUAUACCACAGCGGACGAUCUGAUGUUCCUCUUGAGAAAGCAGCGGUGAUUACUGAAGAAGUUCCACCAGCGAGGGACAUGUACUACGACUAUCCCACUACUGCAGCUUACGAAGGCCCACUUGACAGCACUCCGCGAACUGAUGACAUCUAUGGUGAACCACUCACGCACCACGUUAGUGUGUACCAUAGUGGACGUUCUGACGAGCCUGCACCAAAACCCGAAGAGGAACACGUUGACAUUGCAGAUGCAGCGAAGGCAUUUGGUGAGAAGGUGACCGGACUGUUCAGGAGAGGCCCAGCCCAUCUCGACUAUCCAGUCUCCGAGACAUACGAAGGACCACUGGAUAGCACUCCGCGACUGAUGACAUCUAUGCCAGCACCAAAACCCGAAGAAGAACACGUCGACAUUGCAGAUGCAGCCAAAGCAUUCGGAGAGAAGAUCACUGGUCUGUUCAAGAGAAGACCAACUAUUCCAGAUUAUCCAACAUCAGAACCCUAUGUCGGUCCAUUAGUGGACACGUCACGACGUGAAGACAUCGAGUCACAACCAUUGAGGACAGUGGUGACGGUAUACCACAGCGGACGAUCUGAUGUUCCUCUUGAGAAAGCAGCGGUGAUUACUGAAGAAGUUCCACCAGCGAGGGACAUGUACUACGACUAUCCCACUACUGCAGCUUACGAAGGCCCACUUGACAGCACUCCGCGAACUGAUGACAUCUAUGGUGAACCACUCACGCACCACGUUAGUGUGUACCAUAGUGGACGUUCUGACGAGCCUGCACCAAAACCCGAAGAGGAACACGUUGACAUUGCAGAUGCAGCGAAGGCAUUUGGUGAGAAGGUGACCGGACUGUUCAGGAGAGGCCCAGCCCAUCUCGACUAUCCAGUCUCCGAGACAUACGAAGGACCACUGGAUAGCACUCCGCGGACUGAUGACAUCUAUGGUGAACCACUCACGCACCACGUUAGUGUGUACCACAGUGGACGUUCUGACGAGCCAGCACCAAAACCCGAAGAAGAACACGUCGACAUUGCAGAUGCAGCCAAAGCAUUCGGAGAGAAGAUCACUGGUCUGUUCAAGAGAAGACCAACUAUUCCAGAUUAUCCAACAUCAGAACCCUAUGUCGGUCCAUUAGUGGACACGUCACGACGUGAAGACAUCGAGUCACAACCAUUGAGGACAGUGGUGACGGUAUACCACAGCGGACGAUCUGAUGUUCCUCUUGAGAAAGCAGCGGUGAUUACUGAAGAAGUUCCACCAGCGAGGGACAUGUACUACGACUAUCCCACUACUGCAGCUUACGAAGGCCCACUUGACAGCACUCCGCGAACUGAUGACAUCUAUGGUGAACCACUCACGCACCACGUUAGUGUGUACCAUAGUGGACGUUCUGACGAGCCUGCACCAAAACCCGAAGAGGAACACGUUGACAUUGCAGAUGCAGCGAAGGCAUUUGGUGAGAAGGUGACCGGACUGUUCAGGAGAGGCCCAGCCCAUCUCGACUAUCCAGUCUCCGAGACAUACGAAGGACCACUGGAUAGCACUCCGCGGACUGAUGACAUCUAUGGUGAACCACUCACGCACCACGUUAGUGUGUACCACAGUGGACGUUCUGACGAGCCAGCACCAAAACCCGAAGAAGAACACGUCGACAUUGCAGAUGCAGCCAAAGCAUUCGGAGAGAAGAUCACUGGUCUGUUCAAGAGAAGACCAACUAUUCCAGAUUAUCCAACAUCAGAACCCUAUGUCGGUCCAUUAGUGGACACGUCACGACGUGAAGACAUCGAGUCACAACCAUUGAGGACAGUGGUGACGGUAUACCACAGCGGACGAUCUGAUGUUCCUCUUGAGAAAGCAGCGCCUGCACCAAAACCCGAAGAGGAACACGUUGACAUUGCAGAUGCAGCGAAGGCAUUUGGUGAGAAGGUGACCGGACUGUUCAGGAGAGGCCCAGCCCAUCUCGACUAUCCAGUCUCCGAGACAUACGAAGGACCACUGGAUAGCACUCCGCGGACUGAUGACAUCUAUGGUGAACCACUCACGCACCACGUUAGUGUGUACCACAGUGGACGUUCUGACGAGCCAGCACCAAAACCCGAAGAAGAACACGUCGACAUUGCAGAUGCAGCCAAAGCAUUCGGAGAGAAGAUCACUGGUCUGUUCAAGAGAAGACCAACUAUUCCAGAUUAUCCAACAUCAGAACCCUAUGUCGGUCCAUUAGUGGACACGUCACGACGUGAAGACAUCGAGUCACAACCAUUGAGGACAGUGGUGACGGUAUACCACAGCGGACGAUCUGAUGUUCCUCUUGAGAAAGCAGCAGUGAUUACUGAAGAAGUUCCACCAGCGAGGGACAUGUACUACGACUAUCCCACUACUGCAGCUUACGAAGGCCCACUUGACAGCACUCCGCGAACUGAUGACAUCUAUGGUGAACCACUCACGCACCACGUUAGUGUGUACCACAGUGGACGUUCUGACGAGCCAGCACCAAAACCCGAAGAAGAACACGUUGACAUUGCAGAUGCAGCGAAAGCAUUCGGUGAGAAGUCUCCGAGACAUACGAAGGACCACUUGGAUAGCACUCCGCGAACUGAUGACAUCUACGGUGAACCACUCACGCACCACGUUAGUGUGUACCACAGUGGACGUUCUGACGAGCCAGCACCAAAACCCGAAGAAGAACACGUCGACAUUGCAGAUGCAGCCAAAGCAUUCGGAGAGAAGAUCACUGGUCUGUUCAAGAGAAGACCAACUAUUCCAGAUUAUCCAACAUCAGAACCCUAUGUCGGUCCAUUAGUGGACACGUCACGACGUGAAGACAUCGAGUCACAACCAUUGAGGACAGUGGUGACGGUAUACCACAGCGGACGAUCUGAUGUUCCUCUUGAGAAAGCAGCGGUGAUUACUGAAGAAGUUCCACCAGCGAGGGACAUGUACUACGACUAUCCCACUACUGCAGCUUACGAAGGCCCACUUGACAGCACUCCGCGAACUGAUGACAUCUAUGGUGAACCACUCACGCACCACGUUAGUGUGUACCACAGUGGACGUUCUGACGAGCCAGCACCAAAACCCGAAGAAGAACACGUUGACAUUGCAGAUGCAGCGAAAGCAUUCGGUGAGAAGGUCACUGGACUGUUCAGGAGAGGCCCAGCCCAUCUCGACUAUCCAGUCUCCGAGACAUACGAAGGACCACUGGAUAGCACUCCGCGGACUGAUGACAUCUAUGGUGAACCACUCACGCACCACGUUAGUGUGUACCACAGUGGACGUUCUGACGAGCCAGCACCAAAACCCGAAGAAGAACACGUCGACAUUGCAGAUGCAGCCAAAGCAUUCGGAGAGAAGAUCACUGGUCUGUUCAAGAGAAGACCAACCAUUCCGGAUUAUCCGACCUCAGAACCCUAUGUUGGUCCACUAGCGGACACAACACGACGUGAAGACAUCGAAUCUCAUCCUCUGAGGACCGUGGUAACGGUUUACCACAGCGGACGAUCUGACGUUCCUCUUGAGAAAGCAGCAGUGAUUACUGAAGAAGUUCCACCAGCAAAGGAUAUGUACUACGACUAUCCUACUACUGCAGUAUAUGAAGGUCCACUUGACAGCACUCCACGAACUGAUGACAUCUACGGUGAACCGCUCACCCACUAUGUCACCGUGUAUCACAGUGGACGAUCCGAUGAGCCAACUCCGAAACCUGAAGAAGAACACGUUGAUAUUGCAGAUGCAGCGAAAGCAUUCGGUGAGAAGGUCACUGGACUGUUCAGGAGAGGCCCUGCCCAUCUCGACUAUCCUGUCUCCGAGACAUACGAAGGACCAUUGGAUAGCACUCGGCGAACUGAUGACAUCUACGGUGAACCACUCACGCACCACGUUAGUGUGUACCACAGUGGACGUUCUGACGAGCCAGCACCAAAACCUGAAGAACACGUUGACAUUGCAGAUGCAGCGAAAGCAUUCGGUGAGAAGGUCACUGGACUGUUCAGGAGAGGCCCUGCCCAUCUCGACUAUCCUGUCUCCGAGACAUACGAAGGACCAUUGGAUAGCACUCGGCGAACUGAUGACAUCUACGGUGAACCACUCACGCACCACGUUAGUGUGUACCACAGUGGACGUUCUGACGAGCCAGCACCAAAACCUGAAGAAGAACACGUUGACAUUGCAGAUGCAGCGAAAGCAUUCGGUGAGAAGGUCACUGGACUGUUCAGGAGAGGCCCUGCCCAUCUCGACUAUCCUGUCUCCGAGACAUACGAAGGACCAUUGGAUAGCACUCGGCGAACUGAUGACAUCUACGGUGAACCACUCACGCACCACGUUAGUGUGUACCACAGUGGACGUUCUGACGAGCCAGCACCGAAAACCGAAGAGGAGCAUGUUAGCGUUAUUGACAAAGCAUUAGGAGAGGAAACAUCAACUAUCUUAAGGAACGGGUCUGCUCGUGGUUAUACUGUUAGUGAGCCACGUGAAGAGCCUUUCGGAAAAGGUUUUCGUACCUGGGAAAUGAACGGUGGCGCCUUCAAACAGCACGUGGAACCACGUCGUGAACCCGCGAGAAUCAUAGGUGACGAAAAAUGGUAUGACGUGGAGAAAGAUAGACACAUAGAUACUGCAUAUGAAGAAGUGCGUAACAAGAUUGAUCUAGAUGUGUUCUUUAAUGUCAAAUCCCAGGAAGAAAAGGAGUCACCUGAAGAUGCCUUCAAGGAGUCUCAAGAAGAAGAACUUGUGUUUUUAAGUGCCGACAAGUUGGAGCGAGAUCAGCAACCUGUCGGCUUUUCUGUAUCGAUUAGUGCGCGACAGCCAGUAGACCGUAAAAGUUCUGAGCUGUUCUCUUCUCCUUUGAGAGAAUCGUCAUCAGACACACGGUACCUGCGUGAACAUUCACUGAGGAGCGAACGUGGUCGACGACAUCGACUUUCUCCACACACAUGGACAACAGUUCGAGAACGUACCGAGGUUACUUAUGUGAGAAAAGUUCGUGUUGAAAGAUCUCUUAGCCCUCAGACUCCAGCACGUUCGCACUUCAUCAAGAGAGUCCCUUACAAGACGAGCGCCGAAACUCGUGACAAUGCCUAUUCGUGCAGAUCAUCGAACUUCGAUGAACGUGUUAUGGUCCAUCAUCCAAUUUAUCCACCCAAUGAAUCGCUCUACCGUAACGGGGUGUAUGACGCUGAAAUGCGAAACGGCCAUUCACGAACAUAUAGUCCAGUUCGUGAGGUGGCUGCUUUUGAUCGAACUGAGUGGAUUGAUCAGCAUCCCAGCUACAUACCACCAAAUAGACGAUCGGACGAGAUUUUCACGGUCGGCACGCCAUUCAUCAUGGGUCACGUGGAGCGCGAUGGUAACGGCUGCGCUUAUUUACGCUAUCAAAGCAGCGGUCUACAGGAGCGCCCUCCAUUGCCUGAACGUAUCGACGAUCUCCCAAUGAUUGAAGAGGGAGCAAUCGAGUGUCGUCGAGCCACCGUCCGUGCUGGUUUACGCGACAUGGAUACAGUUGGACUUGUUCAGGACGAAGAAGAACUCGAAAGACGACGUCGACCGAUUAGACGCGCCAGACAGCGCAUGCGUAAUUAUUGCACAAUGCUUUAG